AUGCCCGGAGACCUGCCCUGGCUCAACCUCUCCAGCCGCCCGGCGGCGCUGGGCAACGCGUGCGCGGCCGGCGCGGGGCAGCUGCUUCAGCACCACGGCCAGUUCUCCGCCGGCCUCUCGGUGCUGCUGGCCGCGCUCAUGGGGCUGCUGGUGCUGGCCACCGUGCUGGGCAACGCGCUGGUCAUCCUGGCCUUCGUGGUGGACCGGAGCCUCCGCACGCAGGGCAACUUCUUCUUCCUCAACCUGGCCCUCGCCGACCUCCUGGUGGGUGGCUUCUGCAUCCCGCUCUACAUCCCCUACGUGCUGACGGGCGAGUGGAAGUUCGGCAAGGGCUUGUGCAAGCUGUGGCUGGUGGUGGAUUACCUGGUGUGCACCGCCUCCGUCUUCAACAUCGUCCUGAUCAGCUUCGACAGAUUCAUUUCCGUUACCAAAGCGGUGAGUUACAGAGCUCAGAAGGGGAUGACUAGAAAUGCCGUAUUAAAGAUGAUAAUCGUAUGGAUUGCAGCUUUUCUUCUCUAUGGACCAGCCAUCAUCAGUUGGGAGUAUAUUGCUCAAAAAACUAUCCUGCCUGAAGGAGAGUGCUAUGCUGAAUUCUUCUACAAUUGGUAUUUCUUAAUGAUUGCUUCCACUAUUGAAUUCUUUACACCUUUCAUUAGCGUUACAUACUUUAACUUAAGCAUUUACAUCAACAUCAAGAAGCGCACUCCCAUGAGAAAUGAAAACCUAGCACCUGGUCAAGAGGACUGUGAAACAAGUUUCCAAGGGAAAAAAAGAGAGCAUGUAAUAUUUUUUGUAAAACCUACUGACAGACAGAGAGAUAAGAAAAGGAGAGCUAGUAGCCUUUCACCCACUAGACCCUGCGGUUCAAGGCUCAGCCUAUGUAAACUUGAUAACCAGUCCCUAGAUUUUAAUGUCGGUCAAGAUUUACCACCCUUACAGGUGGAUGUUGAAUCUAAACAACCCAGGGGCAGUUUUUACAGAGCUAUAGAAAACGUUUGCAACACCACAAGAAGAACAGACAUUGCCAACAGCAUGGCAAACAGAGUUAGACUUUCCCGGGACAAACGAGUAGCCAAGUCUUUAGCAAUUAUUGUCUGUGUGUUUGGUUUGUGUUGGGCUCCUUAUACACUUCUGAUGAUCAUUAGAGCAGCUUGUCAUGGGCAAUGUGUGCAUCAUUCUCUCUAUGAGACUUCAUUUUGGCUUCUGUGGCUGAACUCAGCCAUUAACCCUGUUUUAUACCCACUAUGCCACAUGAGUUUCAGAAAAGCUUUUAUAAAACUGCUGUGUCCUGGUAAGGCUAAAAUUCAUCCCCACAUUUUUAUGUAAAAAUGUGUAAGGAAAACAAGCAUGUUAUGUAGAAACAAUACUUGCUUCUAAAAGGAACCUACUGGUGCUGUUUUGGUUUAGGUCCAUGAAUUAGGACUACCAAUGGUUACUUUAAGUCAGGGUAGGCUUAGGAGAAUUUAAAGAUCAAUAAAAAUAUAAAUCUCUGAUUUAUUUGUAACAGUGCAAUGCUAAUGCAUCACAACCAGAAAGUGGCCCUAGCUAGUCUGUUUCCAUUCAAAGUAGAAUGACAUGCAAAAAGGCAAACAGCAUUCCUAUGAAAAAAGUAAAGUAAGAGUUUGCAAAGUCUUUCCCCUUUAAUACUUUCAGGUGUUAACAGGUUAGGAUUUUUUCUUAAAAUAUGAUCUGUAACCUGAUAAAAUUCCCUUAAUUACUUUGCAAUGAUAAAGGGUAGAUGACAUCUGCAGGUCACAAAAAUACAGAGUACCGAAAGUAAAAAUACUGCAAGAAUUAAAGUAAGUUAAAAUAUAGAGUCUAGUUUGAAAAGAUCUAUUUUUCAGAAAGAAACUGAUUAGAUUUACAGUAUUUUUAUCCAUCCACUGAUUUAUUCCUCCAUUAAAAUAAUCAAACUGUACAGAGAAAGUUGAAGAAAACAUACGCUGUGUGUGGAUUUAUCAAUGUGUAAGCAAUAUUGCACCAUUUAUAAAACAACGCUGCACUAAGGACUGAAUUCAAAAUUCACUAAAGCUAAUCAUAGUCUCCCUUGGCUUAAGUGAGUUUUGGAUAGGGCCCCAAAUAUCUGUGCGUGUUCUUAUAUAGAAUAGCACACCUUCGAACUCUUGUGUAUAAUGCCAUACCUAAAAAACAGCAGCCUAUUUUAUACCUAUGUACAUCUAUAAAACAGAGUUAAAACUAAGUGAAUACAGAACAAGCGCGAAUGAAUAAAAUGCCUUUGGUAAGUAAGGGGAAGUUAUUAACCCUGGAUGGAUGGAUAUUAUAUAUAUAUAUAUAUAUAUAUAUAUAUGGAAAUCUAUAUCCAUCCAGGGUUACUACUCUAAAUAUGAAUAUUGAUGUAGCUUAUUAUUGGGCUAUUGAGAGAAGAGAUUAAUAGAAGGAAGAAAAAUGUGGGCAAAGAGUCUAAUUUUAGUUUUUCCUAUUGUGUCAUGUUAGCAGUCUGCUAGUACAGAGUCCAGCAUAAUGUCAAUGGGCAUUAGGGUCAAAGGUGCAAAGAAAUAUAAACAUGUGCUCCAAUUAUGUGUGGUAGCAUAAAAGUAUAUAUUUACCCUACAGGCAUCUUUUUAAAUCUAUGAACAGUGCUUAAAGUGAUACUAAAAUGUUUUUAUGAAUCUCACUAUCCAUAAUCAUUGUCUCAAAUAAAAAUUAGUAUUAGACUAAAAUUGAUUUCCUGCUACGGCAGCAUUUUAAGUCAAUGAAAAUAUUUGUAGACAAACAGAUAUUGGUUGAAAUUCAUUUUUAAACACACACAUCUUUCAAAGCCUAGUUAUAUACAGUCAGAUCAGACAUUCAGUGAAAAUCCAGGGAACCCCUCCCAAAAUAAAACAAAGUAAAAAAUACAAACAUCAAGUCUGAAUCUUUCAAAACGUAAAUCCUUUUGCAGAUAAAAAUGGUUUGCUUUUUUAAAUACAGUGUCCAGUGGCCUAUCAGAAAGUUACUAGUGUUAAGUGAAAAUAUUGAUACAUUAGGCCCAAUACAAAUCCUUACUAGUCUUUUACUCAAGUCCACUCCCAUCUCAUCCAGUAAAGACUGUUCUCCCCGGAGUCUCUACCCUGGCAGGGCUUAGGAAAUGGCAGUAGGAAGGGAAAAAAAAAAAAAAAAAAAGACAUUGAAAAUAUCUCCCCUUUUCUCAAAUAUUUGAAAGGGAUACACUACCAGUCAAGCACUUAUGUUAUUUGGAGCAAAUCCUGUCCCUAGAAAACAGCCAUGCUGUGCACUGAGGCAGGUAGGGGAGAGAGAAUGACCACUCCAUAACCAACGAGGUAGUUGUGUAGCUCAUCUAGACAAUACUUUGUCCUGCCAUGAGAGGAGGGCAUUCCCUUCCAAGCCUAUGAAAUACCAGUCCCACUACUCUUGCCCUCCCCUAAACCUAUCUGUGCAGUGAAAUUCAGGAAGCACCCAGAAGACAGAUCCACAGCAUGCUCCCACCAGAAAGAUAUUGCAGGGGUUCUGCUGUGUUCAGGUGUGUCUGCGUUAAUUUGAAAGGUGAAAGCAGGAUUUGGCUUUUUACCUCUUUAGUUCUCUCAUCUUUCUCUCCCCACCCCAAAGGGGAGAGUCAAAUCUCACUUGACACACUGAAUGCCAAAAAUCACUUCUACACUUUAAGCACACUGAUCUGAGCAGUGAAACUCAUGAAAGGUGCAGUUUCUUAGCUUGCAGGAGAAUGUUCCCCCAUGAGCUUCCUCUGUGUUGUUUUGCAACUACUUCCCCAUUGACAAACCAGAAAAAAAAAAAAAAUCAGUUGGUGAAUAGCAGUAUUCAUAUUUGUCCAUUACCAUAGCAGACAUACAUGUUAAUCAGCUGUUAUGACCCAUCUUGUAUUAUAUGCAGCCUGUGAACCACUGGUUUUGAAAUCUGUUACUUGUAAAAACUUCCAUUAAAAAAAUAAGUUUACUGUAAAUGAAUUGUCUAAGUCAUAAAAUAGCCUACUUACUUAAUACUUAUACUCUGGCUCCAGCAUACAUGGUUACUUUGGAGACAGAAGCUGAUAUGGUAAAAUGGACCUACUCCCAAGACUGUUAAUUGUGCUCUCCCUUGGAUAUGCUUCAUGAAGAUCUAGCAGAUGGGCCUUUAGGACUCCUCCUAUGAGCAGGAUAGGGGGUCUGUAUUGUAAAACAAUGGGUGGUUCUUAUUUCUUAGCUCCACACCACCACCUACAAACUCUUACUAUAAAGAUAACUCACUAAACUUUUUAGAAUAGAGUUUGCUAGAGCUACAGAAUAGAAGCGAUGUUCACACCUUUCUAGCAUAGUAGUUUGUAGACAGACUGUUCUUGGAAGGCCAAAAGAUGCCAAUAACAUUAAACUUUUCCAUAGAGGGCACGACUGGUGCUUGUAAUCAGUGCAUCUCUUGCAGAUAUUGAGGCAUAGUGUAAGGUAUCCUUUCCAGAGUUUACUAUUAAGCAAUUAUACAUUUAAAUAAAGGCACUUAUCACCAUAGCACAGAAUCUGCAGUAUCAAACCAUUUGCCUGGAUCACCACAGAUCUCACAAAAGGGAUUCUAUAAAAUAAAAAUAUAUGUACAACUUUCAGCCAGAUGCUGAUUAGUGAAUGUAUGUUAGUGUUCUUGGCUGAAUUCUGAUGUUAGGUAGCCAUUUUAUAAUCCUGCCAUCUGCAUUCACUGGAACACCAGUGUACGCUCUCCCCAUUAGUUUGAGUUAAAUGCACUUAGAUUUUUAUGACCCCCACCUGCGAUUCAAGAAAUUUACUUUUGCUUUUACUGUAACAAACAUUAAAUACAACAGCAGACAGACAUAAAACCAGAGUUAAUAGCAACUUUAUUGUUUCAAUGGUGCAAAAUCAUGAUACUGAAUAAACUUGUGUAAUGCAUUUUUCCCUAAAUUUACAAUGGUUAUACAUAUACACUAUAUAGAUCACAAUUUCUCUAUUUUUUUAUACUAUCUGGAACAAAAUUAUCUUGAUAAAUACGCCCUGUGCACAGUACUGGCCCUCACUGAAUGUCACAGAGCCCUAAUAUGCAAAAUAUAACCUUUGUUUCUGAGCAUGGUGUUUUAAAACUCUCCAAACAUGCAUUAAUAUAUUCUAGUUUUUAGGGAAAAUAUUACACUUAGACUUAACUUGCACUAAAAGAAAAGCUCAAGCAGAAUCCAACAAACAAUAGCCCCCAAAAUCAAACGCUCCAUUAAAGAAAAAAAAAAAAAAUAUCAGAUCACUUUGAGAUGGAUAGCCACUGCCAGGUUAGAGUUCCAUAGUGCUACAGAAGCGACAGUGAACAUGACAGAAAAGACAGGUCAGAACAUGGAAUAAAAGAGCCCUCACAUGUCACAUGAAUU